AUGAACACGGCAGCGACGUCGUCCUCAGUAGGGCCGCUGCCUGAGCCGCCGAGGGCAGCACCCCAACCCAAUGUCAACCACAACCGCGAUUUGGCGCUGCAGAAAUACCUCCUUCUACACGAGCAACACGAGUCUCUGAGGCAACACCUCGACGAGCUUCGGCCUCUCCACUCGUUGGACGCCUCUGUAAACAGCGUGAGCACAGCCAGCUCGCCCACCAUGGCGGGCUCUGUGGCCAGCCUCUCGUCGUCGUCGAGCCAGGCAUGGCCAUACCAACCCAGGCCGCCGCUGGCUGGCCCAUACCGUCGCGCCUCGACGGCACUCACCGAGGUUGCCGUCGAGGAGGCCAAGCUUUGCGACGUCAACGAGGGCAUUAAGCGUACACUCACCGAGCUGCUCAACUGUGAGGCGGUGCGCGGCGACAGAUCGUUCCGCACCUGGGUUCAAUGUCGGCUCAUGGACACAGAGCGCGAGCUGCGGAGCGGCAGGAGACGACGCAGUGCUCCCGAGCCUUGA